AUGAGGCGGGCGACGCUUUGCGUUGGCGGUGUGCGCGAUCGUUUGACCUUUAUUGGCGGAGGGUGCAAGCCAUUCCAGCCUCUCACUAGAUUUAACGGAAGAGUUCCGACGAGAUUGAAAGCAGAAGUCCGUAAUGCUAGUACCAAAACGUCUCGCAUACCACCCAGCAAGGCAGCAAAUCCGCAAGAGCACGUUUUCCUGUCUCUGAAAGACUACAACAAGAAGGCUGAUGAGUUGUUUGAAGGAGGCCAUGAUUUUGUCUUCAUCCGCGGAGGCGUAGCCACCGGCAAGACAACACUGGCGGAAGAACUGGCACGUCAGUCUCCCCAAUACGUCAAUGUGCCUUUUACUGGUGGAGGGAAGCAAUCUUCUUGGGAGAUGGGGACUGUAGAAACCAUCGAGAAGGUGAUUGCCAACAACAUCGACAGAAAUGAUUUAGCCUUUAGGAUUCUGCUCUUCUCAGCUUCAGAGGGUCAAUGGUACAAAGACGUGAGCAACGUGCCGAGAGAGUUUGCAGAGCUUUUGUGCCAGGGCUCAAAAACAUUGCCGCAGCAUAUCCGGAGAGACCUGACCAUCUACGGGUUCGUGGUUCCCAAACGCAGUGGCGCAGAGGGAGAGUUCCAGAAGCUGGAUUGGAUGAAUGAAGACACAGAAUACCGAGCAGCAAAUCCUUUCCUUGCCUCGUAUUAUUUCUACAAUCUGAAGAAGAAGCAAAGUUUGCAAGUUUGCCUCAUUCACAACAAACCCCAACACUGUGCAGACCUACUGAUGCGAGCGUUGCCAUACCUCCUCUUCUCCAAGGUUGUGAGCUUCGAAGCAGACACAUCUGAGCUGGCGAAGGACGGUCUUCCGAGUGAGGAGCAGUACAACGAGGCGAUUUGCACCACCUUGAAAGAUAUGAGGUACCAGCCUGUUUCCACAAAGAAAUCUCGGAAGGGUGAAGGAAAUCCAGACAUUGCACUAGAAAUUGGUGGGGAGAGGUUCGUUCUGGAGGGCGUGAAAGUCAGAGGAAAUAUCAACAACCACCUGCAGCGCUUCAAUCGCAUGACGAACUACAAGAACGCAAAACACAAGGGUCUCUAUAUCAUCGGCAACGGCAUCGACAAGAUGCUUGACACCGUGAAGAAUGCUCAAGCAGUUGAUGUGCAAGUCAUGUUCUUAGUCCCAAGCAUAGCUCACACAGCCUACACCGUUCACGUGAAGAGCGAGGGCAUCGAAAGCAUCAACACCUUCAAGGUAGACUGCGACCUCGUGGCAAGGAGGCUGGUGCUCAAAGACGAUGGCAAGCCUGAGCUCUACAGUGUCCAAUCGCCGAAGAGCGUCAACCUGUCCACAAAAGCUCAGAGCAGACGCUGGGUGAGAAGUCUGGUAGUAUUGUUUUUGUUUUGUCUGUCAUCCUUCUCUUCUUCUGUGUUUCGGAAAUAG